AUGUCAACAACAAAGCAUCUCAAACAUUUAAAAAAUUUAAAAAUUGAUGAAGUGGAUGAAAAUUUGGAAGAAUUCAAGGAAACGGUGGAUGAUUUCUAUCCGGCAUUUGUAGGCACUACCAUUGUCUCUGUGAUCAUUUUGGGAAUAUUUCUAACCCGCCUGUACAUUCGAUGGUCCGUGCAUUGUAACAGCAAAGUCAAUAUGAGAGGCAAAACGGUCAUAAUCACAGGUGGUAAUACUGGGUUGGGUAAAUCUACUGCUACAGAUUUAGCUAAACGAGGCGCUAGAGUUGUACUGGGAUGUCGAGAUAAAGUGAAGGGAGAGGCUGUAGCUAGAUCUAUCAGAAAGAAGGUUAACAAUCAGAAUGUUACAUGUUUGAAGUUAGAUUUGGCCAAUCAGCGUUCAAUAAGAGAUUUUGUGACAGAGUUUAAUGAGAAGGAGAGAGAAUUGAGCGUACUCAUCAACAAUGCGGCUUAUAUGGGUCCUAAAAGCAGUACUAGUGAGGGCAUAGAACGAUGCUUCGGUGUGAACUAUUUGGGGCAUUUCUAUUUGACAUGGUUACUUCAAGAUAAGCUAAGGAAAUCUGCUCCGUCCAGAAUCAUUAACGUUACAUCAGAUUGCUAUGCCCAGGGUAAACUGGACUUUGAUGAUCUAGCUAUGACCAAGAGCUACACCAUGUAUGGAGCUUACUGUAGAAGCAAACUGGCCAUGCUAAUCUUUACCCAAGAAUGUCAUCGUCACUUCUUCUCUGGAAUUAUCUUUAGCUAUGCUGUUCAUCCUGGCGCGUGUAGUACCGAUCUCCUUAGAAACUGGCCUGGGCUUACUGGUAACAUCUUGAGAGCAGCUGCCAGAGUCCUCUUCAAAACACCAGAACAAGGCGCUCAGACCAUUGUUCAUUGUGCCAUCGACGACAAAAUCCGAGGACAUUCCGGAAAAUUGUUCGCUAACUGCCGCCAAAUUAAGGUGCAAGAUUUUGUUAGAGACAAAGAAUUGGGCAAAAAACUCUGGAACGUCAGUCUCCAUCUCUGUGGUCUUGAUCACGAAAUCAUUGAAGAUCCAGAGCCCGAUGUAGCAGCUGCUUCAGCUUCCGAAGUUCCUGAUGGUGCUACUGCCGCUGCUCGCGAGGCUGAGAAACCAAGUGAAGUCAAGCCUUCCAAGCUAUCAGCACCUGCUCCCCAAGCACAGCCAGCAGCCCAGGCUGGAGAAUAAGCCAUUACUGUGCCAAGCGUGUUGAUGGAAAUUAGAAGAUUUAGCAAUAAGGAUGCUUAUGGCAAAGCUGUAGAUGAAGCCUCGGGCUUUACUCAAGUACUUGAAAUUCGCUUGCUGAGUGAAACUAAGAAUAGUGAUGUUUUGUUUCUAGAUAUAGUUCUGAUAAAAUUGUGUUCAAAUAACAAUUUUUUCUGAGUGAAACAUAUAUUUAAGUGUGUCAAGUUCAUCUUUCGUUGGGUUAUGUUUGUUGCCAGUCAUAUCAUUUUUAGAAAUGGACUUGGACUUAGUGGAUAAAGAUACCCUUCUCCGAAACAUGUGUGGUCCUUAUCGUCGGAAUAUGGUUUUGUUUUAAAUACUAUUCCGCCAAUAUUAAAAGGGAUUCUAGAAAGUGGGUGAUCUGAUUGUAACUGUCAUGGUUUGGGUCAGUUACAUGAAAUAAACCAGAGUACGUCUGUACCUAUUAUUGUCGGAACAGAAUAUCUUUAAAGUGUCGUCAUUUCGUCUAACAACCGUUUCAGGUCAGAUGUAAAGUACCAUUUGAAUUAAAUGUCAUACAAUAAAUUCAUGAUCUGGUUUCUAAAAAGUGACUUAAGACCGGUUUUACUCCCAAUAUUCGGAUCAAUUAACCGAACUAAAACUAAAUAUUUUGUGGCGAAGAAGUGUGCUUUUAUUAUCGUUGGAUUAGACCCUUCCGUUGAUUUUUUCAGCAAACUGUACAUAAUGUUAGAUAAUUAUGUAAUGAGUGCGAUUUAGUGACAUAGAGUAGUUUUUCUUUGUUUAUUUUUAACAUUAACUAUGCGAAUUCAUAUCCCAUAUUUGACAGGUUUUAAAAGUGAGUGCAAUUGUUCUAAAUAUUGUCCUAUGUAACAGGCUGUGAUGUAUUUAAAAUGCAAUAUAAUUAUAUCUUUUAACUGAAUCAGAAAGUUUCGCAUGAAUGGAACGUUGGAGUUCGAGUUUUAUAUUUAAUUGGGUCAGUGCAAUGAAAAUGUUUGCAUGGAACAAAAUGAUAACAAUACAAUCACUUAUAGAAGCGAAAGAUAGUAAUACCGUUGCUUAAAAGAAGACUCAAACAGUUUCCUUUGAAGGAACAUAUCGGCGGUAUUUUCUUUAUAGUAUGUAUAUUUGUCCAGUAUUUUGUUAAGAUUUAUUAUAUAAGCAAUGAUAUCUUAUUCCUUAACCUAUGCAACAUGAGUUUAUUAGUGAAGCUUAAUGAUUGGGUGACAAGUUCUGUUUGAUUCCUGAUCAAACCCAUGCGCGGAUUUCAGUUUCGUUUUGUUUGAAGGCCCGACGUUAAUAUGACAAUUGUAAAAUAUUCCACCGGAAUUUGAAGCGACAAUGAUUUUUGAAUGUCAAGUCUAUGUUGAGAUCAUUUCCAAGUAAAAUAUAAGCACCUUUGUACCUAUAACAUAAUAUUGUAUUAUAACAUAUCACAAGGUUGAGAUGAUUGUAUUGCCCGUUACAUGAAAUAAACAUUAAAAUAUA